AUGCAGCAUCACACUGAGAUCAGGUACGAAGCACAACUGCACAAGAUGUAUUCCCCUCCCUGCUCUGCUGCUGGAAGCAACGGCGAGCGGAGCUUCACGGCCGGAGCCAACCCGCUCGCGUUGCUGGACCAUGCCAUGGAUUUCGACGAGCACGUCCUUUUUCCUAUGCACAAUGCAGGGAUGCAAGAUGGAGUUCAGUUCUACAAUCCUACUGCUGGUGGUACUGAGCUAAGUAGAAAUAUGAGCAUGGAGAAGGGUUUGAAGGGCGGUAAAAGGAAGGGCUCGGGCGAGGGCAGUUCGAUGAUGCAUUCGCAACAGGAGGAAACCGGUGCCAUGUCUCAGAGAGAGGUCAGCAUGGAGCGCGCGGGUGAGAAGGAAGGCGAUGGUGCUAGCAACAGAGAGGACUACGUGCAUAUCCGGGCGAAGCGCGGCCAGGCGACCAACAACCACAGCCUUGCAGAAAGGUUUCGGAGGGAGAAGAUCAACGAGAGGAUGAAGCAUCUACAGGACCUCGUCCCAGGUUGCAACAAGAUUACAGGCAAGGCCAUGAUGCUCGACGAGAUCAUAAACUAUGUGCAGUCCCUGCAGCGGCAGGUCGAGUUCCUCUCGAUGAAGCUCUCGGCGGUUAGCCCCGAGCUGAGCUGCGAUCUCGAUCUCCAAGACAUCCUUUGCCCGCAGGACGCCCACUCCACGUUUCCGGGAUACGGCCAGCGACUGGGCAACGUUCAUCCCAACAACAAUAUGUACAGGGCGUCGCAGCCGGGCCUCUCGCGCCCAGAACUAUACGGGAACGGGAUCAUCAUCCCGAACCCAGCAAGCGUUCAUAUGGCGAGAACGGCUCAGCAGCUGUCUGCGUUUCCCCAGAGGAGCAUUCUCUGGGACGAGGAACUUGGCAAUGUUGGUCCGGCUGCUUUCCCGUCGGACGUCGUUGGCACCAGCAGCUUGGAGAACUCCGACUCGAUGAAGGUGGAGUAG